AUGUCAGCAGUAGAGGCCUGCAGCGAGCACCCUCUCGCCCGCGCAGUCGUGUCCCACGCGCGCGACGUUUGGGGCAUUUCCGCGGACCCCUCGUCCGCCGACGUCGCCGGUUUUGAGGCCGUCCCCGGACGCGGCCUGCGAUGCACCGUCUCGGCCGCAGCCGCCGCGGCCGCUGCGGCUACCAGCGUGAUCGCCGUGCAGCGGGCGUGCUGCAAGCGGGUGAACGAUGCGGCGGCAUCAAACAGCGGUGACAGCGGCGGCGGCGGCGUGCCAGUGGUGAUCGGGAAUCUCGAGUGGAUGGCCGAGUGCGGGGUCGAGAUCUCCCUGGAAGUCGGGCGGGCGGUCGCGCAGAUCGAGGCGGCCGGCAGCACGGCCGUCGUGGCGGCGGUCGGGGGCGCCGCGGCGGCGGUGGUGGGGAUCGGUGAUGAUCUGCGGGCGGAGGCGCCGGCGGUGGUGCGGGAGCUGGGGAGGCGCGGGAUGGAGUGCUGGAUGAUCACGGGCGACAGCCAGCGCGUCGCGGACCCGCUCGCGGCCCGGGUGGGCAUCCCCCCCUCCCGCGUCAUCGCCCACGCCACCCCCGCUUCAAAACGCGACUGGAUCCAGCGCCUCCGCGCCGGCGCUCCCGCCCCCGCCCCCGCCCCUCACCCCUACGCCCCAAACGGCGGCGACAGAGGCAGCGGCGCCGUCGCCAUUACCAUCGACGGGGAAAACGGGGCGCGGGCGGCGGCGGGGAGGGGCGGGGCCGCCGCGCGGAAGGCGGAGGGGCGGCCGGGGGCGAGCUCCAGGGUGGUUGCUAUGGUGGGGGAUGGGAUCAACGACAGCCCGGCGCUGUCGGAGGCUGACGUGGGGAUCGCGCUGGGCGCGGGGACGGACGUGGCGAUGGAGGCGGCGCAGGUGGUGAGUCAGCUUGCUGAUCGGCGCGAUCUGGGUGCGAUCUGGGGCGGUUUGAAGCGCCGCUGCUGA